AUGACUACCAGGUUUCCCCAAACAGACAAAUACCACGAUGAAAUCAUCAAGAUGGAGGAGGAGAAGUAUGGAACUCACCAUCACCACCAUAUUACUCAUAACGAUGAAGCAUGGAACACGGGCCCCGAAAGGGUUCCCCAUCGGGAGCCCGAAACUCGAGUCACCGGAAACUUCGAAUCGGGCGAAGGAGAGUUCAGGAUCGGCGACAAAAAGAAUCACCCGGGCAAACGGUUCUAA